UCCGCAUAUUGCUUACAACAUCAGUGGCGCAUGCUGCACUUGAAGUACAUUUAACUACUCGGUUGUAAAUUAAACAUUCUAAUGGCAAAUGGAGCGGAAGACGUAAUAUUUUGUCGAGGAACGGGUAAUAGUGAUGAUUCUGAUAUUUGGGAUGACACAGCUUUGAUUAAAGCAUACGAUAAAGCAGUUGCGUCGUUCAAGAACGCAUUGAAAGGAGAGGAUAAUGUGACAACGAACAAAACAAAUGAACCUGGAAAGAAGCGUAAAAACGGCAAUAAGAGUAAAAGCAGAAAGAGAUGUAACGCAUCGCCUGAUAAAGAGUGGCAAGUUGGGGACUCCUGUUAUGCAUUGUGGUCUGAGGAUGGUAACUUGUAUGCUGCUACCAUUUUAUCAAUCGACCACGAGAAGGGCACCUGUGUCGUCUUUUAUUCAGACUAUGGCAAUGAGGAGGAACAGAACCUCAAUGACCUACUAACAGAAGCUUCGGACUUGGAUGAAGAAACUCAAAAAGCAGCAGAUGUACAAGUCAAAGAGACUGAGUCCUCGACAGAGGAGAGUGAUAGAUCUUUUACACCUCACCAGUCUGGUCCUCAGAAGCAUAAAUCUAAAGUCAGAUCACCCAUGGGGCCUCCAUCUUGGGUUCCUGGCUUCCCUCCUGGACCCCCACCAGGACCUCACUUCCAUAAGUCGGAUGGCAGACGAUCACAAGGUCCUGGCCCUUUCUUCCCUGGAUGGCCUCCCAUGAUUCCACGUGGUCCCCCGAUGAUCCCACCACCUCCACCAAUGAGUCCAGACACCCUGGAGGAUGACGACGCCUUGGGAAGUAUGCUUAUUUCCUGGUACAUGAGUGGCUAUCACACAGGAUACUAUUUGGGUUUGAAACAAGGUCGUAGAGAGGGUGCAACAUCUAAGAAGUCCCAUCACAAAUAAAGACUUAGGGGGCAGAAUAUGAACGUGAUGGUGCAGCUGACUUGAAUACAGAUUUUUUUGUAUUGUUUGUAAAUAAAUGAAUUCAAAGUUAU